AUGCCGGCCUCGCCGACUGAGAGCAACUACUGCAUGUCGGCUCAUUCCACCACUCAAUUCUUCCCGACCUCUCAGCCGAUGCAAGUCAAUAUCGCAUCCCCUCCUACUACCCCGCUAGACAUCUAUUCUCCCUUCACAUACCAGAACGUCGCCCCGCCGAUGUCUGCCCCAGCCCAGGUGUCGAACUUCCCGGAGUACGUCAGCUGCGAUCCGGUCCCCAUGUCGGCUCGAAGCUGGGCGGACACGGGCGCGCUCUCCUCGCCGGAAUUCCAGAGCGGCCUACAAGUGCCACACUCCGCCACCGUGUCCCCCAUUGGGUAUGAUGCGGCUGUCGAGCACACUGGUCAGGCAUACGGGAUGGAGCCCGUGUCCGGAUCGCCAUCACUCAUCUACUCGAUUGAAGACGUCGAUCACCAAGGCUCGAUGGAUGAGAGGAAGCAGGCUGAGUUCAGGAUGCAUGACUUUGCCGAGCAACAUCAUGAUAGCUAUUCUGCGCAUCUGGCUUCGGUCCACAGGCCGAAGGCAUACACGUUUGCCAACAACACGACUCCGACCAACUAUCCCUCCUGA